AUGAUUGACCACAUGCUUGGACGCCCGUCGUCCAAGUCUCGACGCCUUCAGGUUCUCGCCGUCAUUUCCUUCUGGUCCGCCUACCUCUACAGACAUGGCCCUCCCGGUGCCCGUGCAUUCUCCAAGCUGCUAUCGAGGAGACUUACAGCAUGGCAGACGGUCGUCGUGACCAUGCUCUACCUGUACGCGGCGCGCAACUUCAGCGCCCUCGUUGGCCUGGCGAGCCCCGAGCCCAUGGCCAACAUGUACGACGCCACCUUCUUCCGGGCGACGUGGGUGCUGACGGCCCUGGAUGCCGGAUUCUGGACGGCCAUGCGGAUCCGGUCCAAGUGGCUGCGUGACAUCGCCAGCAUCGUCUUCUCCGUCUUCUACCUCUUCGCUACCGAGAGCGCCGACGAAAAGGUGCGCAAGGUACGCGGCAUGCUGACUGUGGAGCACCUGCGUGUAUCGUGGAACAAGAGCACGACGCCCUACAUCAGCUUCUCGCAGGGCCUCUUGCGUCCGCGCUUUACCCGCUGGCCGCCGCGCCAGGUACGCAUCCAGCGACCUUCGGCCAGCGACUACCGCGACCCCGUCGACGCCUGGCUCUUCUACGACGGUCCCCUGGCCGACCUGGCCUACCACGACCGCGUCAUCCUCGAUAUCCCCGGUGGCGGGUUCGUUGCCAUGAACCCGCGGUGCAACGACGACAAGCUAUUCGCCUGGGCCGCCAAGUCCGGCCUGCCCAUCCUCAGCCUCGACUACAAGAAGGCGCCCGAAUUUCCCUACCCCUACGCUCUAAACGAGUGCUUGGACGUGUAUACCACGCUGACCCAGUCGCGCGGCCGCUGCAUCGGCAUGUCGGGCAAGAAGCAGCCCAGGAUCAUCAUCACGGGUGACAGCGCGGGGGGCAACUUGGCCGUGGCUUGCACCCUCAUGAUACUCGAGACCCGCCUGCCUCAGUUCCGCCGCUCGGCCGCCAGGGCUGACCUCCCUCCGCCGGAGGGGCUCGUCUGCUUCUACCCUUGCCUCGAUACCAACAUUGGCAACUGGAUGUCGGACGAGCAGAUGUCCCUGAUCCGUGACCGCAAUAUGCGGACCGUCAACAAGCCCAUUGUACGUCGAAAGAGCCAGCAGUACGACGACCUGGUCGGUACACCGCACCAUUCCGAUGUCGAGGACGAUGCCGUGGUUACGCCACCAGAGGAUCGGGGCGAGUACGAGUCUACGACGGCGGCGGCGGCGGCGACAACGGCGGCGAAGACGGCGACUGCGCCGAAAUUGUCUGACCUCCCGACAAAGCCCGACUCGGCCCUCCAUGCCGGUCCCAUGAAAACCCGGCUGGCGACGGCGUCGAUGAUCUCUUACUUCAACGACCGCGUCCUCACCCCCGAGAUGAUGCGCUCCAUCAUCAUCCUCUACGUCGGACCGCACAACCGCCCAGACUUCUCGACCGACUACCUCCUCAGCCCCGUGCUCGCACCCGACGCUCUACUAGCCGAGUUCCCCAAGACGUACUUUAUGACAGGCGAGAGGGACCCGUUAGUAGACGACACUGUCAUCUUUGCUGGGAAGCUCCGGCGCGCAAAAGUGGCAGCUUCAGCUGCGGCUCUCCGACGGGGGAUGUACGACGACGACGGCCUGACCGACGAGCAGCGCCUCCAGAAGCUCGGCCUGGCAGAGGUCAUGCUCAUACCCGGGACAUCCCACGGCUUCAUGCAGUUCCCCUCUGUCUACCCGCCCGCUUGGAAGCACCUCGACCGCUCGGCUCAGUGGUUCGACCAGCUGUACGCUCACAACGACGAGAUCCGGGAGAUGCGCCGCGGGAGGAGCGGACGCCGGAAUGAUGCCCGCACGUCUACUGGCGGUGCUGCUGGUGCCGUUCCGGUCCCGACCGCGGGUCCCGUUGGCGAGGCGACCGGAAUCAACGGGACGGUCCACCCCCACCCGGAUACGCCGGCAGAGUCUAGCGGGGACGAAGAUAGGCCGCUAGAGAUGACCAAGGUUUCAAGAGGUGGGAACGUCACGGAAAACGGGACUGGACGCAAGGGCAACUUGGGUGGUGGUGGUGCCGACGAGCCAACGAGAGCCGGUGGGUUGUCCGUCAACAGACGUCCCGGAGGGAUGGUGAGGAACAAGACGCUCAGCAAGCUGAGCAGCGAGGAGGACCUGCUAUCCAGAAGGAUGAAUGGUCUGGCGGGCGGCCUCACGGGUGCCGGCAGUGGCCAUGACGAGUAG